GCGGAGAGGUGGGCGGGGACGUCGGCAUGCGGCACCGGCGGGAGCCUGUCGCCCUUUUCUGCAGGACGCUGAUCGGGGAAGGCAGCGGCCGGGCGGGGGUCCGCCACAGGUCGCACGUGCAGAAGGAGAGGCCCCCCAGCAGCCGCCAGGCCCCUGCGGUGAUGGCCGAGGAGGCGAAGAAACUGGCCGCGUGGACUGCGGUGGACAAUCACGUGCAGACGAAUCAAGUCCUUGGCAUUGGAAGCGGCUCUACGAUUGUUCAUGCUGUACAGAGGUUGGCUGAGAGAGUGAAGCAAGAAAAUCUCAACAUAGUUUGUAUACCUACAUCUUUUCAGGCUCGUCAGUUGAUUCUGCAGAAUGGCUUAACCUUAAGUGACCUGGAUAGACACCCCGAGUUGAAUGUUGCCAUUGAUGGUGCUGAUGAAGUUGACAUGGACCUCAAUCUUAUCAAAGGAGGAGGGGGCUGCUUGACACAGGAGAAGAUAGUUGCUGGUUAUGCAAAAAGCUUCAUCGUUAUUGCUGAUUACAGGAAAAAAUCUAAAAGCCUCGGAGAGCAUUGGAAGAAAGGGAUCCCGAUCGAAGUCAUCCCCAUGGCCUAUGUUCCGAUCACCAGAGCUCUGACCACGAAGUUUGGGGGUGUCGCAGAGCUAAGAAUGGCUGUCAAUAAAGCUGGCCCAGUGGUGACGGACAAUGGGAACUUCUUAUUGGACUGGAAAUUUGACAGAGUGCAUGACUGGAAUGAAGUAAAUGUGGCAAUCAAAAUGACACCAGGGGUUGUGGAAACUGGUCUCUUCCUCAACAUGGCAGAGCGAGUGUACUUUGGCAUGGAAGAUGGCUCUGUCAGUGUACGUGAAAAGCCAGUCCACUGACUGCUGUUUAGCCCCUGCACAUCCACUCUGCCUUCUGCCUCUUGCAUAUAGUUUAUUAUCAUGGUGCCAAUCUGACGUCUUGCCUUAAAGCGUGACUAUCCGGAUCUCCGUGUAUGAAGUGGAAGGUCCAGCAGAUUUCACAAAUACUGAAAAUGAAUGUCGUCUUAAAAUCAAUUUUUUUUUACUUUUUCAUGUAAUUUUUUUAAAGUGAUUGGUCACUUUGAGCAUUUUAAACUUUUUUCGCUUAGUUUUUAUACAAAAUGUUUACCAAAAAGGAUAUUUUAUAUGAUACUUGAACCAUCUGGCUGCUUGAAGUGUAUCUGGAGGAGGAAGACAGUCAUGCAGCUUGUGGGAUUUAUGUUUAAACUGCCACAAGAUGAUGCAUUUAUGUGACAGAGCAGUAACCAGUUGGUACUCACAAAUGCCUUACUGGAAUCUUUUUGGUUCUAUAAUUUAUGCCUUUUAAUGAUUUAUACCAUGACUGAUUUUAAUAACAGAAAAUGUCUAGUUAUUUCCUUCUUAGAGCAGCUGGUAGUUUUGCAGUUGAUCACCAUGGGGUGAGUGGAAUUUUAACUCCUGCUUAAAACUGGUUACCGUAUUUUUUGCUCCAUAAGAUGCGCCUGACCUUAAGACGCACCUAAUUUUUGGAGGAGAAAGACAGGGAA